AUGCCCAAUUCUGGUAAAAAAUCAAGAAGGAAGGAUAAUAAAGAAGAUAAUAAUAAUAAUAAUAAUGAUAGUAAUCAAUUAAGUCCGUUUAGUGAUCCAAAUGAAAGUUUUGAUGCGGACAACUCUUCAAUAUUACAAUCACCUAAUGAAGACGAAUUUAAUAAUAGACAAUAUAACAAUAACUCAAAUAUAGAUCAUACUUUUAGUGAUGAUUCAAUGCCUCCAACUCCUCAAUUAAAUACUGAUAAAUUUGAAGGUGGUAGAUCUUCAUCACUUAGAUUUCAAUUACCACCAAAUCAUAAUAAUGGAAAUAGUCAUAAUAAUAAUAAUCUAAAUAAUGAAUCACCUUAUAUACCUGCAACUCCACCAAUUUCUUCUUCAUCACUGUCAAAUAAUGGAUCAAAACAAACAAAAUCACCAUUUUUAGAUCAAUAUGAUACUAUACUAGAAGAUCAAUUAUUUGAAAAACCAACAAAAAUUACAGAAGAACAUGAAAGAACAGAAGAAUUUUCUUCUCAAGAAGAUGAACCUAUGGAAGAUUUAGAUAUUAAUAAUGAUAAUAAUAAUGAUGAUUAUAAUCAUAUUGAUGGACCAACAAAAAGACAUAGAUGGGGCACAACUAGAAAUAAACAAGGAAGACCUAAAAAGGAAAAUGUAAGUCGAUCUAAAACAUUAAAGAAAAUACUACAUCCACAUCAUAACCACAACAAACAUCAUCAUAAACUGUUAAAAGGUAGAAUAAAAUCUAUUCGAAAACCAAAUACUCAUUCAAUUGAAUUUCCUGAAUCUCAUCAUAGAAAUGAUUCAGAUUCAGAUAUAAUAGAUCCAGAUGCUCAAGAUCUGAGGAAUCGAAAGCAAGAAAAAAGAACAAUUGUAUUUAAUAGAUCAUUACCAUCAGAAUUUUUAGAUCCUGAACUGGGGAAACCAAUAACAAAUUAUCCAAGAAAUAAAAUAAGAACUACAAAAUAUACUCCAUUAACAUUUUUACCAAAAAAUAUUUUUAAUCAAUUUUUUCAUAAUAUUGCAAAUAUUUAUUUUUUAAUUUUAAUUAUAUUAGGAGCUUUUGAUAUAUUUGGUGUACCAUCUCCUGUAUUAGCUGCUGUUCCAUUAAUUGUUAUUGUUAUUAUAACUGCUAUAAAAGAUGCUAUAGAAGAUUCAAGAAGAACAAUAACUGAUUUAGAAGUAAAUAAUCAACAUACUCAUAUAUUAGAACAAGUUAAUGAAAAUUCUUCAUAUCAUUAUGAAAAUCAAAAUGUUGAUGAUGAAACUAUAUCACUUUGGAGAAGAUAUAAAAAAUGGAAUUCAAGAUUGCUCCUAAAAGUAUGGGGAGCACUGAAAAGAAAUUUAACAAAAGAAGGUAGAGCUAAUAAAGAAAGACAAAAAUAUAAUGAACAAAAUAAUAUACAAGAACAAGAACAAGGUAGAAAAUCAUUCGAUAGUGAUAUUUUAACACCAACAACAACUAAUCAAGAUCACAAUCCAUUUGGUGAUACAUUACGUAAAUCAUUUCAGCAACAACGUAGAGAAAGUCAUCAUUAUCAUCCAAAAGUUUUAAAAUUUGUUAAAAAAUAUUGGAAAGAUGUUAAAGUUGGAGAUAUUUUAAGAAUUUAUAAUAAUGAUGAAAUACCAGCAGAUUUAGUAAUAUUAUCAACAAGUGAUGAUGAUAAUGGAUGUUUUGUUGAAACUAAAAAUUUAGAUGGUGAAACAAAUUUAAAAGUUAAACAAGCUUUAAAAUAUUCUUCUGUUAAUGAUAAAGUUACAAAAGCAGAUGAUUUAAUGACUCAUUCAUUUGAAAUUGAAUCUGAAGGUCCUCAUUCAAAUUUAUAUUCUUAUGAAGGAAAUUUAAAGUAUAUUUCAAGAAAUGGUGAAGAAAAUCAAGAGCCAAUUACAAUAAAUAAUUUAUUAUUAAGAGGUUGUAGUUUAAGAAAUACAAAAUGGGUAAUUGGAAUUGUAGUAUUUACUGGUGAUGAUACAAAAAUAAUGUUAAAUGCUGGAGUUACACCAACAAAACAAUCAAGAAUUUCAAGAGAAUUAAAUUAUUAUGUAUUAUUAAAUUUUUUAUUAUUAUUUAUAAUAUGUUUUAUAUCAGCAAUGAUAAAUGGAUUUUAUUAUAGAAAAACAGGAACUUCAAGAGAUUAUUUUGAAUUUGGUACAAUUGCAGGUACUCCAGCAUUAAAUGGAUUAGUUGGAUUUUUUGUUUCAUUAAUAUUAUAUCAAUCAUUAGUUCCAAUUUCUUUAUAUAUAACAAUUGAAAUUAUUAAAACUGCUCAAGCUUAUUUUAUAUAUUCAGAUGUUAUGAUGUAUUAUCCAAAUUUAGAUUUUCCAUGUACUCCAAAAUCUUGGUCAAUUAGUGAUGAUUUAGGACAAAUUGAAUAUGUAUUUAGUGAUAAAACUGGAACAUUAACUCAAAAUGUUAUGGAAUUUAAAAAAUGUACAAUAAAUGGUAAAUCUUAUGGUUUAGCAUAUACUGAAGCAUUAGCUGGGUUAAGAAAACGUAUGGGUAUUGAUGUUGAAACUGAAGCUAUACAAGAAAGAGAAAUUAUACGUCAAGAUAAAGAUGUAAUGCUUGAGAAGUUACAUGAAAUUUCCAAGAAUCAAACAUAUGAUGAUGAAUUAACUUUUAUUUCACUGAAAUUUAUUGAUGAUUUAGAGGGAAAAAAUGGUGAAGAACAACAAGAUUGUAAUCAUCAUUUUAUGUUAGCUUUAGCUUUAUGUCAUUCAGUAUUAACUGAACAAAGUAAUAAAAAUCCUCAUAAAUUAAUUUUAAAAGCUCAAUCACCAGAUGAAGCAGCAUUAGUUGGUACAGCAAGAUCUUUGGGUUUCAAUUUUAAAGGUACAACAAAAAAGGGAUUUUUAGUUGAUGAAUUAGGUAUAACAAAAGAAUAUCAAGUUUUAAAUACUUUAGAAUUUAAUUCAACAAGGAAAAGAAUGAGUUGUAUAAUUAAAAUUCCACCAGAAAAUCCAGAAGAUGAACCAAGAGCUUUAUUAAUUUGUAAAGGUGCUGAUUCCAUAAUUUAUGAAAGAUUAUCAAAAGAUUAUAAUGAUCCAAUAAUGUUAGAAUCAACUGCAAAACAUUUAGAAGAAUAUGCAACUGAAGGGUUAAGAACUUUAUGUAUUGCAGAAAGAGAAAUUUCAUGGUCACAAUACCUUGAAUGGAAUAAACGUCAUCAAAUUGCUGCUUCAGCAUUAGAAAAUAGAGAAGAUAAAAUGGAAUCAGUUGCAGAUUCAAUAGAAAGAGAAUUAAUUUUAUUAGGUGGUACUGCUAUUGAAGAUAGAUUACAAAAUGGAGUACCAGAUGCAAUUCAAUUAUUAGCUGAUGCUGGUAUAAAAUUAUGGGUAUUAACUGGUGAUAAAGUUGAAACUGCAAUAAAUAUUGGAUUUUCUUGUAAUUUAUUAGGUAAUGAUAUGAAUUUAUUAGUUAUAAAAACUUCUUAUUCAGAAGAAGAAAUGAAAAAUUUAGGUAAUAUAAAUUUUGGAUUUGGUAAUGGAGAAGCUCAAAUUAUUGAUACUAUUAUAUCAUAUUAUUUACAAAAUCAUUUUAAUUCAAUUGGAUCUUAUGAAGAUCAAGAUAAUGCAAUAGGAGAUCAUACACCACCAGAUGAAAGAUUUGGUAUAGUUAUUGAUGGUGAUGCUUUAAAAAUUGCUUUAUUAAAUGUUGAUACAAAAAGAAAAUUUUUAUUAUUAUGUAAAAAAUGUCGAGCUGUUUUAUGUUGUAGAGUUUCACCAGCUCAAAAAGCAGCAGUUGUUAAAUUAGUUAAAGAUACUUUAGAUGUAAUGACUUUAGCCAUAGGGGAUGGAUCAAAUGAUGUUGCAAUGAUUCAAGCAGCAGAUGUUGGAGUUGGAAUAGCAGGAGAAGAAGGUAGACAAGCAGUAAUGUCAUCAGAUUUUGCAAUUGGACAAUUUAGAUUUUUAGCAAGAUUAUUAUUAACUCAUGGUAGAUGGUCUUAUAAAAGAUUUAGUGAAAUGAUUCCAAGUUUUUUUUAUAAAAAUAUAAUUUUUAAUAUUGCAUUAUUUUGGUAUGGAAUAUAUUGUGAUUUUGAUGGUACUUAUUUAUUUGAAUUUACUUAUCUUAUGUUUUAUAAUUUAGCAUUUACUUCAUUACCAAUUAUUUUUUUGGGAAUAUUUGAUCAAGAUGUUGAUGCAAAAGUUUCAAUGUUAGUACCACAAUUAUAUAGAUCAGGAAUUUUAAGAAAUGAAAUGAGUGAUUUAAAAUUUUAUUUAUAUUGUCUUGAUGGAAUAUAUCAAUCUGCUAUAUCAUUUUUUUUCCCAUAUUUAUUAUAUUUAAUGGCUUUUCCAAAUAUGAAUGGUAAACCAGUUGAUCAUAGAUUUUGGAUGGGUAUAAUUGUUACUUGUAUUGCUUGUAUUUCAUGUAAUUGUUAUUUAUUAUUUCAUCAAUAUAGAUGGGAUUGGUUAAGUUCAUUAAUUGUUGCUAUAUCAAUUUUAAUUAUAUUUAUAUGGACUGGAUUAUGGACAACAACAGUAUCAUCAAGUGGAGAAUUUUAUAAAGCUGCUCCAGAAGUAUUUGGAAUGACAAGUUUUUGGGCUUGUAUGUUUAUUGGUAUAUUAUGUUGUUUAAUUCCAAGAUUUUUUUAUGAUUUUGUUCAAAAAAUUUAUUGGCCAAAAGAUAUUGAUAUUAUAAGAGAAUGUAUUCAAAGAGGUGAUUUUGAUGCUUAUCCAAUAAAUUAUGAUCCAACUGAUCCUGAUAGACAAAAAAUAAGUUCUUAUUCAACAAAUGCUUUAAAUAGAAUGUCAAUGGGUAGUAAUUCAUUUAAAAGAAAACUGAAUGAACCUAUAAAAACAAAUUCAUCAAAUGAUGAAGAAGAAGAUCUGUAUAAUAGAAAAGAUAUUUUUGAUCAAUUAAAUAAUAAAACAUAUCAACCACCAACUCCACCACCAGGAAUAUUAAUGUCACCAUUAAGAAGAAAAACUUCAGGAGCAAUGAAAAGAAUAUUUCAAAAAAGAAGUAAUUCCGAUAAUUAUUUUAUAAAUAAUAAUAAUACUUAUAAUAAUCAAACUGUUGAUUCAUUACCAAAUACUUUACAAACUGAAGAAAUUCCUUUAGAUGAUUUUAAUACUGAUAAUAGACUUUCAAUUAGUAAUGAUAAUAAUAAUAAUAAGAGAGUUUCAUCAAUGUAUAAAUAG